AAACGCCUUUGGUUCGCACAUUGAAAAAUUUUGGUUCGCACAUUGAAACAUUUUGGUUCGCACAUUGAAACAUUGUACACUCUUUGAUAGAUUUGAUUUAAUUACUGACUGACAGACAGAAAUAAGACUGUCCACUCCCCAAGAUGUCUAGUAAACCUCUAACUAAGAUGUCUGGACUACCCGAGUCUCGCCCCCUAAGGACGGGCAUGAGGAGGAAGGUGACCAUCGACCCUGUGUCACGUGACUUUACCAUCGUGGUUGACGGCAAGGAGUUCAAAAGCCGGCGCCAACUGCUGAGCGCAGCCUCCAAGUACUUUGACGCCAUGUUCAGAAGCAACAUGAAGGAGACGCAGGAAGGUCGCGUGGAGCUGACGGACAUGCGCAGUAAGACCUUCGCUACAGUGCUAAAGUUCAUCCACAGGCGAGUGCCUGGCCUGACGGCGGACAACAUUGACGAUGUUUGGGAGGCGGCCAAUCGGCUGGACACAGAGACCUACCUGCAAGUGUGUGAGCAGUUCGUCAUCGACAAUUUGUCUCUUGACAAUUUUUCACACUUCUAUCAAGCGGCCACUGACUUCAAUUCAAAAAACGUGAAGGACGCCAUGUUAAGUUUCAUGAAGCGAAACUUUGAACAAGUUUAUACGACGGAGGAGUUUCUGAACUUGUCAUUUCCUGUGGUCUUAUCCUUUGUGGAGGAUGACGAGCUGAAUGUCGCGAGUGAGGAAGUUGUUCUAGACGGGAUCUUGUGCUGGGUGUCACGUGGGAGAUAUCGACCCGGCACUGCUCUGUCACCUGACGACAAGCACACGGGGGAAGAGGCUGGGGACACAGAUGACCAGUCGGAUGACGACUCAGACGAUUGGCAAUAUGAUGACUUCACGGACGAUUGGGAAUAUGAUGACGAUGGGCAGUCUGAUGACUCAGCAGCUUUCGGAGACAGUGGUGACUCUAUUCAGACAAAAGACGUCACAAGUAACAACUCGGGCCUCGACCACCCAGCAGAUGAGAGAGCAGACUACCUCGCCAAAUUGUUUUCCAGCGCUAAAAUGGUUUUAGCGAGCCAGAGUUAUCUACAAAGUUUGCUCACUAACCCCUACGUGUGCGCAUGUCCGUCUGCUCUUGAAGUCGUACAGGAAGCUCUCAAGUUCAAGGUCGGCGUGUACCCUCACGAAAGUUCCCUGCUGAUACCCUACAGGAAAUCUUGUGGCAAAAGGAAUGUGGUCGCCAGCGUGGUCAACUCGGACCUUCGACUCUACGACUUGGAGAGCAGAAGUCUGACCAGCGUUAAGCUGAACCAGCUCAAGGGACGGUCUAAAACCAACGUGCCUGUCGUCUCCCUCGGGUCCCAACUUGCCUUUGUGUGUCUCAAGUUCAAAAGCGAAUGUUCCUACGCCAAACACAAGUGCCGGCCCAAAGCUAUCCACACCGUUGAUGAAAACCAAAACAUCUCUACCCUGUACGAGGUGUGCGGCAACCAAAACAUGCCGAUCACGCUUGUCUCUGUCAACGGGAAGGUUCUCAACGUCUGCCACUGCGCCACCAGAAGUCGGGUGGUCGACCCAGACUUGUUCCAGAUACUCCAGCUCGACCAAAACAUCAAGUUUAAAUUCACCUGCGUCUUUGACAACACCAUCCUGCUCUUCAAAAACUCGGAUUUUUAUGAAGACCGGAAUCGAACGGACAAUAUGACCGUCAACUGCUACAGCUUGGAGUCCAAGUCCAUUUCAACCGUUGAAAUACCCAACCAGGCCUCCAACCAAAACAUUGUGGCCGUGCACAAAGACAAGCACCUGUAUCUGCUGCUGUCUAGCGGCGCUUUACUUUCGGUCUCCCGGGGUGGGGACAACACGAUACAGUUCACGGUUGUCAACCAUCUGUGGCGACACUUCGACCUGAUGCUGUCGGGGGCAGUUUGCUACAAAGACGAGCUGAUUAUGUUCCUCAUCGAUGACGGGACGGACUACUCGACGAUGCUGACGUCAUUGCCCGGCUUGUUUGAGAAGAUCAGCGUAGAGGUGCUGGAGGAAGACUUUGACGUCAUGGAGGUCAGCUUCGCUCCCAUGGUGGUGCCGGACUCUUGGGUCAGCAGUGCCGAAGUGACUGAGUGCCAAAGUGACUGAGUGCCAAAGUGACUGAGUAAUUAGUCAAUAGUCAGUCAUUGGUCAAUAAUUAGUGCCAAAGUGCUGGAGUAAUUAGUCAAUAGUCAGUCCUUAGUCAAUAAUUAGUGCCAAAGUGCAUGAAUAAUGAGUCAAUAGUCAGUCCUUGGUCAAUAAUUAGUGCCAAAGUGCAUGAAUAAUGAGUCAAUAGUCAGUCCAUGGUCAAUAAUUAGUGCCGAAGUGCCUGAGUAAUUAGUCAAUAGUCAGUCCUUGGUAUACAAUUAGUGCCAAAGUAAUUAGUCAAUAGUCAAUCCUUGGUAUAUAAUAAGUUUGAGCUAUUAUUUUCAAUCCAUCAACGCGAAGGUUACCGGGUAAUUAGGCUUUUUAUACAUGUAUAAUUUGUAUUAUAUUGUUAUAAUAUUUCUCUUGUUUAUAUAUUUGUUUUAUUUAAUAAAAAGACUUUUUUAUUAAUUAUAAAUUUUAAAAUAAACUCUACAACCAUUGAA